AUGCCUGAGGAAGAGCUUGAUGUAUUACCUGAGUGCACCAAUCUGAAUACUCCUUCCAUCCAUGAAUUGCCAAUAGAGGAUGACUAUCACAGUGGAAAUUCAUCAAGUUCUGAAGGUGAAUUUAAUGAGGAAGGUGAACCAGAUACUGAUAUGGAUGAGGAAGAGGGAGUAGAACCUCCUAGGUACCAAGAAUACAAAAGUGAUCACCGGAAAUAUGAUGAUAUGUAUGCUGAUGUUGAGAGUGAUGAAGUUACUGAAUGGACUUGUGAUACUGAAGAGGUUGAAGUUGGUACUCAAUGGCCCACUAUGGCAGAGUAUAAGUUGUUUGUAACCAAAUUUUGCAUUGCCAACUGUAUUGAAGUUGAAAAGUUUAAGGAUGAUCCAACCAGAUUGAGGUGCAGAUGUAAAGUAAAAAAGUGCCCAUUCAGACUAUUUGCUAACAGGCAACCAGGUGGGCAUACUGUCAAGAUCACUAAAUAUAUUCCUAAGCAUAUUUGUGUGAAUAGAACUGGUACUAGCAGAAAUAGGAUGGCAAACUCAAGUUGGGUAGCUAGUGUUAUUGUACAGGAUAUUAAUGAGGAUGACUAUUCAUUGCAACCUAAGAAGAUCCAAAGUAGACCGAGGACAAGGUUUGGUGUGGAACUUAGUUAUUGGGUUGCUUGGAAAGGUAAAGCUUUAACUAAGAAGUUUGGUUCUUAUGAAGAUGGGUAUAAGUUCGCACCAGAGGUUAUGGAUCAGAUAUUGAAAAAUAAUGAAGGGAGUAUAAAAAUUGUGACCACUGAUACUGACAAGGAUUUCAGUUUUUGUUGCUUGGCAUUUGAUGCUUUUUUGACUGGUUUUAAGGAUGGAUGCAGGCCAUUCAUAGGUCUAGAUGGGUGUUUUCUCAAAGGGAAGUAUGGUGGAGUAAUGCUUUCUGCAGUGGAACUUGAUAGCAAUAAUGGUAUGUAUUCUCUGGCAAUAUUUAUUUGUGAUUGUGAAAACAAGGAAAAUUGGAUUCUUUUUCUCAAUAUAAUCAAGGAUAGGUUUCUAGAACACCCUGCUCCAUUGACUUUUAUCUCAGAUAGGCAGAAGGGAUUUGUCUCAGCACUUCAAGAGGUGUUUUCCUCAAAUAGGAAUAGAUUCUGUUUUAGACACAUAUUUGAGAAUUUUAAGGGCAAAGUCCAUAAGGGAACUCACAUGAAGACAUUAGCAUGGGGUGAAGCAAAGGCAUAUAGGAACACAUAUCACAAUAGGUAUAUGUCUACCAUGGAAAUAGAUAACAAGAGGGCACACCAAUGGUUUGAGGAUAUCCCAACACAUUUGUGGGCAAGAUCUACUUUUGAUACUACUUUAAAAUGUGAGCAUGUGACAAACAAUAUUUAUGGAAGUUUGAACAGUUGGACUUUGGAUGUAAGAUCCAAACCUCUGCACAGGAUCCUUGAAGGGUUUAAUUUAAAAAUGAUGGGUUUGAUGUUUGAUAGAAAGAUGAAGGUGAAGGAAUGGGAAGCUGAAGGUUUAGUUCUUUUCCCUAGAGCUGACAGGAUAAUCAAGCACAGAGUUGAAAAGAAGAGAAGAUACAAUUUGUUUGGUUCUUCUGAGUUCUGUUGGUGUGUGCAGAAUCAUGAAACAUCAAGUAGAUGGAAUGUGGAUGUCAAGGAGAAGACUUGUAAUUGUAAUGUAUGGGAACUUACAGGAAUACCUUGUGUACAUGCUAUUGUUGUUGCUUGCCACCUUAGACUGGAUAUCAAUAGUCUGGUACAUGAUUAUCACACAGUAUCAUUCUACAAAAAGGAUUAUGCUGGAAAAGUUGUAGCAUGUGAUAAUCAAGAUCACUGGAAUGAGGAGGAGAGUUAG